AAAUAUAUAACCAAGCUUCUAAAUUCAAUUGGGUAAGAUUAUUUUUUGGGUGUAAGUAGGUAUGCAAGAUGAAACACCAGUCUACACCAUUCUAAUAGCUCCAUAUAGAGAUACAAGGAUACACUUAAAUGGAGGGGAUGAACUACUUUGAUUUUUUUUUUCUUGUUAACUUCUCUACCCCAAGUAAUUUUUAAGCAACAAAGGUCAAUAAAAGACCGAGAAGUUAUACUUAAAAUUCUCUCUAGUAAUGGAUUUAAACCAAAUCCAAUUCGCUUUGCGUUGUUGCUUACGCUUACGAGCAAUUCAAAAUGCUAAAUCAAUCCAUUCUUACAUAAUUAAAUCCGGCCAUUUUAAUCACGUUUUUCUCUUAAAUAACAUGAUCUCUGUUUAUGCCAAGUGUUACAGUUUCAAUGAUGCACGUAACCUGUUCGACGAAAUGCCUCAUAGAAACAUAAUUUCUUGGACAACAAUGGUCUCUGCAUUCACCAAUUCUGGCAGGCCCCGCGAAGCUCUAAUGCUCUAUAACGAGAUGUUAGAAUCCAAAACAGAACAGCCCAAUCAGUUCAUGUACUCCGCGGUUCUCAAAACGUGUGGCCUAGUGGGGAAUGUUGAAUUGGGUAAGUUGGUUCAUCAGUAUAUAUUUCAAUCUAAGUUGGAUGUUGAUACUGUUCUGAUGAAUGCCCUCUUGGACAUGUAUGUCAAAUGUGGGAGUUUGAGGGAAGCUCAACAAGUUUUCUAUGAAAUCCCGUAUAAAAAUGCUACGUCGUGGAAUACUCUCAUUCUGGGACAUGCUAAACUAGGUUUAAUAGGCGAUGCGAUGAAACUUUUUGAUAAAAUGCCGGAAGCGGAUAUUGUAUCUUGGAAUAGUAUUAUUGCUGGCCUUGUAGAUAAUGAUAGUACCCAUGCAUUGCAAUUUGUUUCUAUGAUGCACGUGAAAGGCCUUAAACUGGAUGAAUUCACAUUACCAAAUGCUCUCAAAGCUUGUGGUCUUGGUGGUGAGUUAAUGCUAGGGAGGCAGAUUCAUUGUUAUAUUAUUAAGUUGGGGCUUGAGUCUAGCUGCUAUUGUAUAUCGACAUUGAUUGAUAUGUAUUCAAAUUGCAAGUUUUUGGGUGAAGCAGUGACGAUUUUUGAUCAAUUCUUUGGGAGCUCUCCGGUUUCUGAAAGCUUGGCGCUUUGGAAUUCUAUGCUUUCUGGGUACGUUGCCAAUGGAGAUUAUGCUAAGGCUCUCAGUAUGAUUUCUCAUAUGCAUCAUUCUGGUGUACUCUUUGAUUUUCAUACCUUUAGUAUUGCUUUAAAGAUAUGCAUUUACUUCGAUAACUCAAAUUUGGCUUCUGAAGUACACGGAUUGGUCAUCACUAGUGGCUAUGAGUUAGAUUUUGUUGUGGGGAGCAUUCUUAUUGAUCUGUAUUCAAAACGGGGCAAUAUUGACAAUGCAUUAAGACUGUUUGAGAGGUUGCCGGAUAAAGAUGUUGUGGCUUGGUCUAGUUUGAUUGCCGGUUGCGCUAGCUUCGGUUCAGAUAAGUUAGCUUUUUCCCUUUUCAUGGAUAUGAUUCAUUUGGGUCUUCAGGUUGACCAUUUUGUCAUCUCAAUUGUUCUGAAAGCCUGUUCAAGUAUGGCAUCUCACCAACGUGGCAAGCAAGUUCACACUUUAUGUAUUAAGAAGGGGUAUGAAUCAGAGAGAGUAAUUACAACUGCUUUAAUUGAUAUGUAUGCAAAAUGUGGUGACAUCGAGGAUGGCUUAGCUUUGUUUGGUUGUCUGUCAGAAAUCGAUACCAUGAGUUGGACAGGUAUAAUUGUGGGAUGUGCACAAAAUGGAAGAGCUAACGAGGCAAUUGGUCUUCUGCUUAAGAUGAUAGAAUCUGGUACAAAGCCAAACAAAAUCACCAUUCUAGGUGUUCUUACUGCUUGUAGGCAUGCUGGCCUAGUUGAAGAGGCAUGGGCUGUGUUUAAUUCUAUUGAAACAAAACAUGGAUUGAUACCAUGCCAAGAACAUUACAAUUGUAUGGUCGAUAUACUUGGUCAAGCUGGACGUUUUGAAGAAGCAGGAAAAUUGAUUAGUGAAAUGCCAUUUAAGCCCGACAAAACUUUAUGGUCUUCCUUGCUUGGUGCCUGUGGAACUUACAAGAACCGACAUCUUGCAAACAUUGUUGCUGAGCAUCUCCUUGCUACCUCGCCAGAAGAUGUUUCUGUAUACAUAAUGCUGUCAAAUGUUUAUGCAUCUCUUGGAAUGUGGGAUAGUUUAAGCAAAGUCAGAGAAGCUGUCAAAAAAAUAGGCAAAAAAGGAGCUGGAAAAAGCUGGAUUGAGAUCUCAAGUUGAGAAUGCUGGUUUGGCGUAUAGCUCAAUCCUCAUGCAUAAGAUAUUUCCAGACGAGUCGAAGAUUAUUCUAGCUUAUUUGAAUUCUGGAAGGAAGUCUUCAUGUUUUGGUAAUAGCACAGAACUAUCAAUCAUCUCAUUACUACUGAACAUAUGCAUAAGUUUUCUGUGAAAUCCUAUGUAAAGGUUCUACUUCAUGGAACACCUUGAUUCUGGGACAUGCUAAACACGGUUUUAUUAGUGGUGUACUGAAAGUCUGAAACUAAUUUAUCAAAUACUGUAAUCAGGUCUUGUAUCACCAUUGCUGGUCAUGCGGAUAAUGCUUGUCCACAUGAAUUGCAAUUUGUUUCAUGAUGCGCACAAAGGGCCUAAAUCUUGCCUGAUAAGCUUGUUUGAUCUGAAUGCAGUAGUUCAAUCCAAAUAGCUUGUAAUACAUACCUGCUAUUCCCACGAGGUUUCAGUUUCACACAUCCAAAUUUUCGCAUCACCCAUCAAAAGUUGAAGAGGAACCAUGGAAAAACACACACUGGGGUUCAACAAAUCAGCUAUCGACCUGGCGAAUCAUCCAGUAUAUCAUGGUCGAAGUAAGCACAUAGAAAUGAGGUAUCAUUUUCUUAGGGAUCAAGUUAACAAAGUAAAGCUUGAACUUGAGCAUUGCAAGACAGAAUGAAAACUAGCUGACGUACUCACCAAAUUCCUGAAGAAAGUCAGGUUCGAUGAGUUGAAGAGAAGCAUUGGGAUUAGAAGUCUCGAAAAUAAGAAUUAGGUGGUGUGUUAGAAGUUGUAAUUCAUUGUUUUGUAGAAUAAGUUGUAUUCGACUGAGGUGUGUCCGAUCUAGUCGAAGUAGGAGUCAUCUGUAUUCGACAGAGUCGAAUACAACAUAUAGCUGUAAUGUUCAAGCCAAAAUAUAACUUUGUAUAUUUUGGGUUUGGGUUGUAUAUUUUGCCCUUGGGCCUUGAUCGCCUAUAAAUAGGCAUGACGUUGUAUAGUUUUCCACAAUUAACAGUUUAAAGCCUUACAAGU